UGGAGGGAUUGCGAUGCCCUCUGACUUUGUCGCGCUUUUCAGCGGGGAGCUCGACCUCCAUUUGCCCGGAUCAUUUUCCUCCAAAGAAAAGGGAGAAGAAGACAACGAGUCAACAAAAAAGAAGCAGCAGCAACAACAAGGAUUUAAAAGGUGCAUUAAAACACCUUUAGCUACAACGCGACGCAUGAGUCUAAUUACUUAAGAAUUCUGCGAACCUGUUGGGCAAGUUGAAGUUGAAGAAGAUAAUUGUAGUGAACAAGUCUGGGGAGAGAGCGAGAGGUAGGUGGAGUGGAGGAGGGGUUUUAAUCAUCCCCCCCAAAAAACGUGCCACGCCCUAGUUGUCGGGGCUAGUAAGAGCAAGCAGCAGGAAUGUGAACCGAAUGAGUGGGAGUGUAAAAGUCCUGCCAGUCACAUGAAUUAGUGUAUGACCUUCUGCCCGGAGAGCUGCAGUUUUGUUCCACCAUCGAGAAGAACCCAUUAGCCAUGAGCCAAACCAGUGGUGGAGAAUCUGGGACCCCUUCAGCUGCUAUACCUUCAGGAAGUUCCCUCUGAAGCAGGGAGGGUCUGCAUGUAAAAUGGUCUGCAGUUCUCUGCUUCAUAGAUGGCAUGCCCUGCUCUAUGACCAUGGAUGGCCCCCGCAGUGCUUUUUCCACCUCUUCCAGUUCGACCCAACAAUGCAGUUCUUCAGCCAGUGACCCUGCUCGCUGUGGCAAUGUCGGCCCAGAGGACAUCAGAACUUGCAGAGCUGUACCAGAGAGCUUUGGCGCUGAAGGUGGGAGUUCCAAUGGCAAUGGUGGUGGUCAUUGCCUGCCCGCCGCUGAGGUUGGGGGAGGGUUAGGUGCGACAUCCCAGGAAGAUCAGCCCCAUCAACACAUGAUGCCCCCGAAGCGCCGCACCGAACUGAACAUUUCUCCGCCUCCGCAAGACUUACUUAGCGAUAGUCACAUGUCCUGUCAAGCUGAAACAUCGUUGGACUCGGAGCACAGCAACAGCAUCUGGAUGGAAGACUCUCUCUCCAACUUCAGUAUCAUGAGCACAAACUCCUACAACGACAACACAGAGGUGCCACGAAAGUCACGGAAACGAACCCCACGACAAAGGCCGGGGCUCAAAUCUUUGCUUACCAAUGAAGCCAGCAUGGAUGUUUUUGAUGCGGACAGUGCCAAAGCACCACACUUUGUCUUUUCUCAGCUCGGCACGGACAACAAGACUGCACAAAAAGGAAGUCCACAAGAAAAUGCUCGGGUGCCUCAUCAAAAAGGAGUUCUUUCCAUGCAAUACCCAUCUAAGAGUGAACAGAAGGAGCUGAAGAUCCUUGUUCAGCCGGAGCCCCAGCACCGGGCUCGCUAUCUGACGGAGGGCAGCAGAGGGUCUGUGAAGGACCGCACUCAGCAGGGCUUCCCUACCGUAAAGCUGGAGGGUGUGAAUGAGCCAGUCAUAUUGCAAGUUUUUGUGGGAAUCGAUGCUGAGCGGGUGAGGCCCCAUGGAUUUUACCAAGCUUGCAGAGUGACCGGCCGCAAUACCACAGCCUGCAAAGAGGUGGACAUUGGGGGCACAACUGUCAUUGAAGUCCCCUUGGACCCCAGCACCCACAUGACCUUAGCUGUGGAUUGUGUUGGCAUCUUGAAACUCCGAAAUGCCGAUGUGGAGGCUCGCAUCGGCGUGGCAGGGUCAAAGAAGAAGAGUACGCGUGCUCGGCUUGUGUUUCGGGUCAACAUCCCACGUCCAGAUGGUUCAGUGCUCACUCUCCAAACGCUGUCAUCUUCCAUACUUUGCACUCAGCCGGCUGGGGUGCCCGAGAUUCUGAAGAAAUCACUGCACAGUUGCUCAGUGAGGGGCGGAGAAGAGCUCUUCAUCAUUGGCAAGAAUUUUCUCAAAGACGCAAAAGUCAUAUUUCAAGAGAAUGUCUCUGAUGAAACCUCGUGGAAGACAGAGGCGGAAAUUGAUAUGGAAUUGUUUCACCAGAAUCAUUUGAUCGUGAAGGUUCCACCUUACCAGAACCAAAGCAUCACCUCUGCUGUGUGUGUGGGGAUCUAUGUGGUCACCGUCGCUGGCAGAUCCCAUGAUGUUCAACAGUUUACUUACAAUCCAGAUGCAGGAAAAAAUGAAGUUUCUGUGAAGAAAGAGACAGCGUCUCCAGUAAAGACAUGUCCCUUUGACGAUCAAAGUAAAGUUCUGAGGCCCUGUAUGUUGCCUCAAGUCAAGAAAGAAGAAGUCACGCCAAUGGAGGUCACCAACAACCUCCAAACCACUGGGGUGUUCAAGCAGAUGCUGGACCUCUGUCCAGGCCAGCAGAACCCAGAAAUGUCUACGGGCCAUCUAAAUAACAACAGAGAAUUUUCCAACGCAUUACCACAGUCCUCAGGCGACCCCGACAAGAGCCAGGGCCCAGUUUUUACCAACACAGAGGCCCUAACUACAAUCCAGCCAAUAGUGGGUCUUGGACAGGAGAGGCAAGUCAGCAACUCUGGGUCUACGGUGAGGCCAUGUGGUGAUCCUGGACCUCAGCUGCCCAUGUUCCCUUCAGACGAAGUGGCCCAGUUAGAGGAGGCAGUAAGACAGCUUAAGCCCGAAGCGUUUGGUUUGCCACUUCAGUCCGACAACUCAAUGGCCAACCAACAGCACCAUAUGCAGCGCCAGCAGAUCCAAAACCAGCAACUUCAGCAGCAACAGCAGCAAAUUCAUCAGCAGCAACUGCAGCAGCAGCAGCAGCAGCAGGUGCUGGAGAAUCUGCAGCAGCAGAUAUUCCAAUCACAAAUUCAAAUGCAGUGCGUGAAUGUGGAGCAGCAGGGCUCCUCACAAGGUGCUCUGCCAAACCAGGGAUCACUUUUCCAACAGGCUCAGCAGCAGCAGCAGCACCAGCAGCAACAGCAACAACAAACGUCUCUCUUUCAGCAGACCACUGAUCUGCUCUCUAUUCAGACCAACUUCCUCCAGCAGACACCCUCACACUCCUCACCACCAGCAUUCCACAAUCCCAGUCCCUUGGCUGAAGCGCAUGAUCCCCAGGGCGGUCUGUUUCAUAGCCAGAACGCCUCCCACACUCCAGAGCAGGCGCAGGCUGUGCUCUUCCAAAACCCCAUGACAGUUUUGGCCUCCCCUGACCAGCAACCUUCAACCCCUAUUCUUUUCCUCCCCCAGACGUCUCUUUCAGGUCAGCUUCCGACCAAUAGUAGCCAACAGCAGCAAUUGGCCUUUCUCAGUGCUCUACAAACACCUGCACCCGGACAACAAUCGGUGUUUCAGGCUCAAGCUCAGACUCAGCUCUCUCCAAUUCAGCAAGGAGCACCGAUGGAGCGACAGCAGCCUUCCCAGCCUCAGCCCCUCACUCAGCCAAAUCAACAGCAUUGUUUGUUUCAGAACCUCUCUCAGCAUCCACCUGCAAAUGCGCUGCCUCCAGCUCAACAACAGCCAGCUGGGCUACUCUUCUGUAACAACCCCCUGCCCACCACAGACCAGACAUCCAACAUCCUCUUCGACAAUCAGGGGCAGAUGCCUCCUUUGACCAGCAGUAGUCUAGUUUCCCGAGAGCCCGAGAACACUUCGCUGCUUUUCUCACAGGCCAGCAUGGUGACGGUAAACCAACAAGUCCGCCCUGAGCCCAUGGCCUUAGGUAACCCUAAUGACGCACGCCAGCAAGUCUUAUAUCAGGCUCAGCAACCAAUGCAACUUGGAAACACCACAAACAGUGGGCAAGAGCGGUCUGUGGGGCUCUUCAUGCGUCCGCCGAACAUGGCCUCUCUCCAAGGCGGAUUGUCUCAGGAGCUUGCACAGUCUGCCAUGUUUGCUUCACCCAAUGGUGUGGCGAGCCUCCAGACAACCACUUCAUCUCCUGUUCAGCAGCCAGGGACUCUGUUUCAGUCUGCAGUUGGUGGGACCAUCGGUCAGCCCAGCCAGGCUGAAGAAUCCGAACUCUUCCUUUUUGGAAUUCAAAAUGAAUGUGGUCAGCUGAUGAGCGCACCAGGAAAUGCGGUGUCUGACCAGAUCAUUGCCAUUAGCCAGUCUGGUCAAAACCAAAGAGAGAGUGAGGCCCGCAUUCAGUCGCUCUUCAACCAGUCACCGUCACAGUCAGUGACGGCGCAGAGCGGCUUGAAAGCCUCGCGGAGCAUGGAGAAAAUUGAGAACCUGCUGGUCAGCCAAGAGCCGGGCAACGGCAUAACCCAUUCUUUCUAAUUUCCAGAAAGAUUUGUGGAUUUUUUUUCCCCGUUUCUUUCUUCCCAUAUUAUCAAAUGUGCACGAGGGGUGUGAAAAUAUUAUGAGAUGAUUGGAGAUGGAAAUGAGCCAUAGAUUGUGUUCUGCUCAUUUGAUUUAAUCGGUGGCUCCGAAUAAUUUUUUUAAGAUAACUCUUUGAAAACAUCUCUAUGUGAACUAGAUUUGAGUGAUAUAGAUUGACUGUAUAUAGAAUAGCUGUCCAGCACGGCGCAGUAGAGGUGGGAGGAAAGUUUGAGCAGAGUAUGCUAUGAAUGUAUUAUGGUGGUCAUGUGGUUGAAAGGAGCAGAGAAAGUGUUAUUGAGAGGAAAUCGCCAGACUAUUCUGUGUCAUAUUUUAUGAAAUAACGUUGUCAAUACGUUUGUGCCUUUUUAGAAGUCACUUGAGAUCUCAGCAUUAGCCAAAUACUGUAAAUCAUGCUUUGAUUUUUUUUUCGGCUUAACUUUUGCUGCAGGAGGGCUGAUAAAAUAAAGUCGAGCAAGUGCACUCUAAUUACGCUGUAAUUGAUUUGUAUUUUGGAUUGGAGGAAAAUCAUUUGAAUGAUAUCUAGUGGUGACUUGAAGGAAAAAUGAUUUAUAGUUACUUUGAUUAAAUUACCCAUUUUUCAAGAUGGGUAAAACGACCCAUACAAAGUUCUUAUAGGAAUCCUUUGUUUAUAUUAUCGCAUCUCAAAAUGUAACAUAAUUAGUAAAAGAUAGCAGUGAGGAACUUUUAAAGAAAAAGUGUUCCAAAAGGUUUUGUAGAAUAUUUGUAUGAGACUGGGUCUACUUAAUACAAAUAACGGAAUGUAAACUCGUUCAAUAUUGUGUCAUUUGUCCUUUAGAGUUCCAUGGAUGGACUCAACUCUGCGUCAGGUACGCGUAACCAAUGGUUGUUGCAUCAUUGUUGUUCAGAAGUUUGCCUUGACCAGGAAGGAAUGUUUGCUUUGCUGUCACUUCUGAAAGGAAAUUCAUGCUGUGUGUCAUUAAGGCAAUCCAGGUCUCGGAGUUAACGUUUCAGGCGCAAUUUGUGUAGAGCACGCACAAGCCACUGCGUGAAUUUCAACACUCCAGGCUGUUCCGUUCGGCAUGCUUUUAAGUUUUAAAAUAAGUGGACAAAGCUGUCUCGGCCAGUUUGUUUGGGUCUAAUCAGGUGAGAAUUGGGACAAAAUUGUUGGCACUGUUUCACUGCAGAGAAUGUGUGUUACAUACAGUGGAUAUAAAAAGUCUACACACCCCAGUUCAAAUAGAAAUACAUUUUUUUGUGACAUAUAAAAUGAGACUGAGAUAAAUCAUUGUAAAGCUUUUCCCACCGUUAAUGUGGCCUACAACCUUUCGAUGGAACUUGGGCCAGUUAAAAAUCACAUACAAAAUGCAAUAAUACAAAAUCUUCAGUAUUCUACUAAACAGCAAAAGAAAAAAGUCAGGAAAAGCCUACUAGAAACACAGAUUUUUAUUUGGUGUUAAAUGUUAAACUUAAAUGGUGAAUGUGUGUGCUGACUGGUGCCGAGUUGAAUGUGAUUGAUUCAUUUUGAACAUCCCAGUUAUAAGAGGAUAUUUACACUCAGGUGACCAUAUUAUUUCAGCUGUUAUUUGUACUUCCCAUGACAAUUUUUUAAAAAUCAAUUUAAUUUUACAGGUUACAGGUCACAUUAACGGUGGAAAACAUUUUGAAAUGAUUCAUUUUGUUCCCUGUAUAACAAAAACCUGGCAUUUGAACAGAGGUGUAUCGACUCUUUUUUUCUUUUUUUUUUUUAUACCUUAUCUACUGAAAGAUUCCUUUAUCAUUCUUGAUUGAGGUAUUUUACGCAUGGCCUUGAAACUUUACAAAUGCAAUGGAUUUAUUGAAUGAUAAACGACAGUUUGUGUGUAUUAGCUUUGUUCAUUCUUAGGUAGUUCUUGCUAGCAUUGCCCGGCUUUGUGUCAAUGGUGAUGACGGGCCAGUUUUAUGGCCUGUUUGCUUGCAUAUCUUUUUUCUAUCUUUCUAUCUACAUAUCUAAAAAUCAAAUAGCAACACAUUCCUUCUCAGUUUAUGUUUGUUUGUUUCUGACAUUUUUAUCCCGCUUAUUCAGGGGCUGGUCUCUGACAAAAUACUUAAAAGUUCACUUUUCUUGUUUUCAUGUGCAGUUUUGUAGAAUUUCUGUGUUGCCUACUAAAUUUAAAUUAUCCACCUGCCAAAAAAGAGCUAUUUGGAUGUUAGUAGAAGUAGUAGUACAGUGUAACCUUGACUAAUGUGAUACAUGAUGUGACAGUAUACUGCAUUGAGCAGAGCUGUUUUCAGUGGGACAUUACUCCCGAAGGACACCUGAAAGCUAUGUGUCAUUGGCUCUCCUUAAACUUGUGAAACUGAAGAUCUCUGGUGUUUAAUAUUUAUGGUUGUUUUUCCUUUUUUCUCCGGUAAGGUUUCUUGUUAUUGGUUUCGUACAGUAGUUUGGUGCAUGUAUUUAUUUGUGUCGUUGGGUUUCGAUCUUUUGAACUGUGACCGAUGGUAAUCUAUUGUUGUUUGGAGUCCACAUCUACUGUCCUCAAUUGGAAACAUCUACUGACACAAAAAUGAUUUUUCAUGUCUGUGUCUACACUCUGGUGAGUUUUGGAAAAAAAUAUAACACUCCAAACCUUUUGGAGCAGAUGGCACCAAACUUCACAGAUUAUCCUUUUAAAUAGGAACAACAACUUUCAGUAUUAUGACUAAUAACAAACUAAUGAGAUGUCAGCGCAGCGUGAAUACUCUCUGUGAGUGUACAGAAUGGUUGCAAGCCUCACACUGAUCUCAAGAGGCAUAGAGUGCAUGCUGAGGAGGUCCACGUUUUAUAUGUGGGAGAAAUGGUUGAAGUUCUUUGAUAAUUUUUUUUCAAUAGAACAAGCGUUUAUUUUACCAGGUUGACUACUUAUAGCUUGCUCAAAUGUCUUCAAACUAUAACUACAAGCGGUGCCUUGAGAUACGAGAUAGAUUCGGUGAACUCGACUCACUUCACAGGAAGCAGCACUUGGGCAAAUGGAGAACCAGUUCUAAAAAAAGAGACUCCAACCUGAGUUUGCCCCUUGCAGUUUACUCUCAAACUAAACAUGAAACAAAGAAUUACACCUUGUUUUUUCAAAACAACCCCACAGAUUAGCCUAUUAGUCCGCUAUCUUAAUGUUACUGCUAAAUAAAGACAAGAAGUACUUGUGGUGAAAUUCUUUAUCCUUUGCAAAGAGACUAAUAUUACAGUACUGUACCGCUCUAAUGAUGAGCUAAAAGGAUAGCUCAAUAAACAGUAGCUCAUUCUGUCUGUCCUAUACUGUCCCCAAGUGGUCAAGACGCGAAGAACAAUAACUUCAAUUGAUACAGUGUGACAAAAAUGUUUAAUUCAAUUUUAUUAUAUAACCAUUUGUAUUUGUGUAAAGUGCGACUAUUAUGGAGGGCUAAAAGAUGACUUGAGUGUUUUUAGUUACAAGCGUUGUCACAGAACGAAUGAAACUCGUAUCACAAGGCACCAUUGCUUGAUACCGUAAUGUAAAUAUAUGUGCAUGUCAGAGACUAUAUUUUACACCCAUCUUACUUCCCAGCAAAGUAAUGGUGCAAGCCAAGACACUUUAAAUGUGCUAGUAAUGCUCUACAGCAGGGAUGUGACGGAUAGAAAUGCCUGUCAUACAUCUAACAGAUUUGUACUAAAAUAUCCAAUGCGUUUGUGUAGACAUGGAUGCACGUGUUUUCUGAAACUGCUAUGCAGCCAAACUGUAAAUGUUGAGCCGUUACGUUUUUGAUAUAUAUUUUUCUAUGUAGCCGCUUAGUUUUUAACAAUGACGGGAACCAAAAUUGUUUUUUCAUCUCAUUGUUUAAACUUGUUGAGCUUUCUCUGGUGGUUUGCUUGAUUGCCUGAACUGCUUGAUGCCUUUGUGUCUUUGAGGUGCCGUACUUGGACCAGUAAAAAUCAGCACACUAGAUUAAUCACAUUUCAUUUUUAAUUCUUCGGGAUGGUCAGGGGGGCGCUACUGAUAAUCACAUUUCAUUGUUCAAUCUUGUGGGGCAAAAUGCCUCUGAAAAAUUUUAUGCUGCAUCUUCCAGUUUCACCUUCAAAGUCUCCCAGCACAAGUGAAGCACUCCUCCAGUUCGUGUUUUAUAAUCCAGCAAAUAGAAAGUGAAUUUUUCUUUGAGGUUUCACACACUAUGAGAACAACUGUCACAUAUCCCCCCCCCCCCCAAAAAAACAAAACUUUGUUGGGAUUAAUUUUUUCUGUAAACUUGCUGCUAUCUAUAUUAAACAUAUACAAUAUGGA